UCUAAGAGAAGAAGAGACGGAGAGGAGGAGUCCGCAAGGCACACUGGUGAAAAUCGUGAAAAUCGUGAAAAUCUAACGAAGAAUCGGAGCUGUCUCCCAUGAAACUGUGUUCGACGGAGCUCUUCCGGAACGCCCAGUGGGUCUAGUCGUUGUUGAUGCAAUCCGGAAACACCGUGAGCUAGGGCCAGCGAUAAAGCGCUUUGGGAAAUUUGUGUGUUCCCGAAAGUGGCAACAAACAGAGCGAAUGUGAGUCAUACGCCACACGUAAAUACCGAACGCACGACUCAAUCAAGACGCGCAGAGGACGUAGUAACCCGGAAGGAUUAGUAGGCGGAAAGCAGGAAGUGCACGAACGGUGCCUAGCAGCAAUACACCUACCACCGCAAUAGAAUGAUCACAUUGGCGAGGAAAAAGAAAGAAUCAACCACCAGCGGGAACAACAACGGUGGCAACAACAACAACAACGGUACCUCAGCGGCCAACGGUACCGUGGCGAACGCGACCAACAAGCGGAUAUCGAUACGAGAGUUUCUGCUCGUCAAGGAGGUCCAGGAGCUGGAACAGAACCUACCCGCCACCUGCAAGGUGACGUUCCACGAUCCGAACGUCCUGAGCGAGUUCACGCUCGCGAUCUGCCCCAGCGAAGGGUUUUGGUGCGGUGGUCGCUUCAAGUUUAGCGUCCUGGUACCGGAAGAGUACAACAUGGCCCCGCCCAAAGUGAAGUGUCUCACGAAACUGUGGCACCCAAAUAUCUCCGUCGACGGUGACAUCUGCCUUUCGUUGCUCCGGCUGAACUCGAUCGAUGGUCUCGGUUGGGCACCGACUCGUCGCCUCAAGGACGUCAUCUGGGGCCUGAACUCACUCUUUACCGACCUGCUCAACUUUGACGAUCCGCUCAACAUCGAAGCGGCCGAACAAUACUCCAAAGAUAAGGAACGCUUCCACACGAAGGUGCGCGAGUACGUUGCGAUCUACGCCCGGCGAUAGUCAGCCUUGUCGUGGUGGUGUCGUUGCGCCACUUUCUGCUAAAAUGGUCAUGAUCGGUCGCUCUCCCCCCGUUUUUCUAAACACUUCCCAACCGGACCGGAAUACCGGACCAAAUUCUGCCAGUAGAACGUUGUGUCGUACAUGUGGAUUGGCCUGGCGGGGGGUUGGUGGGAGAAAAGUAAAGAGAAGCGACAACAGUCAGCGGUUCCAGUGGUCGGUGCUCGAGCCGGUACUGUUACUCAGGACAGAAAUUUAAAUGCUGUUUCUUUUCUGCAAGAUAGAGCGGAAAAGAUAAUGGUAUAGCUAAUUUGUUUUGUUUUCUCUUUUUUUUAUUGUAAACGAAAUUUACGAACUCUAUUCCAGCAAGAUCAACGCACACAAUGCGGUCAGUUGAAAAGGGUAUUUUAGGAUUCGUAGACUCUUUUCAGUUUCCGAGAACGCAAACGUGAUUUUGUCUGCUGUGUAUUUUGUGUGAUUCAGGCAGGGUUGAGACAUGAACUGAUGUAUAGGUUGAACGAUUGUGAAGAUGUUUAUUUUAAAAUGUAUUGUGCGCGUCUGUUUUGUUCUAAUUUACGACCAAGAACAACUCCUGUUUAUCUCCCGUCUGCUCUCAUUUUCUGGCGAAGUAGAAGAAAGGAACGACCGACCGAACGACCGGGAGAGCCGACUGCUCAGUGUGGUUGUUUGUCGCCCUCCUCGACAAACAACCGAUUGUAAUUAUAUUAUACAUUAAAAAGAGAUUCAGCCGGGUACAAUUUACUGAUAAUCGAACUUUCAGCUUGUAAGAUAGACAUGUCUAGAGAAAUAAACGAAAACUGCUGUGAGUUGAGA